CUUCAAUUAUCAGAAAUUAAAUCGACCUUUUUAUCAACAGAGAAAAACAACAAAAUUUGGACUUUUCGGCAAAAUUGAAAAUGGCCCUUAGUUUCAGCGCACAGCAGUUCGAGGGGCGAUUCCAGUCGAAGCGGCUAAACAACUGGGAGUACCCGCGUUUCUCGCCACCCCGCCCACGUGGACUGCUCAAGAACGCCAAGAUUGUGGCCGCCAAUAACGGACACCUGCUGCCCGGCGUGAAGAAGGAGGGCAACUCAUUUGGCCAAUAUCGCGGCACCUACGAACUCCCGCGGCGGAUAACGCGCUCCUUUUGCGCCCACUACGAUGCCUGCCUGAGUGGGCGGUACAAGUUCGUCGGGUUUCCGCGUGACCUGUGCUGCUGCCAGCGGGAGAACCGCAGGGCACUGGCCUGCGACCAGCGGACGACCUUGGGCGACCGGGACGAUCCGCACUGGAUGCGCCAGCGGUGCCAGACGAAGUGCGAGGGCCUCAAGCAGCUGAAGGAGCUGAGCGCGCGCAGUGAGCGCUGCAAGCGGGCCAAGUGCCAGGUGGUGAGCGAGAAAACCGUGCGAAUGCCGCCGAAGGCCAUCAAGGCAGCCUGCGUGGCCAUCGAGAAGCGGCGUCGCAAGCGCACCAUCACCGCCUUUGCCAAAGGACGUGCUGCACUGCAUCCCAAUGAGCUGACCAAGCCGAAUCCAGCGGCUGAGAAGCCGAAGGACAAGCCCAAGGACAAGGAGGCGGGCAAGAACAAGGACAAAGACAAGGCGAAGGAUAAGGGCAAGGAGAAGGAGCGCAAGGCGGCCAAGGGCCAUGCGUAGCAUAUUGUUGUGUGAAACCCAAAACCCUAAAGAACAAGAAAUCAAAUUCGAUGUAAAUCAGUAAAGUAGAAAAUACAUUUUAAAGGGCA